AUGCAGCAUGUGACAAAGCAGGUGAACCGUAAUUCAGCCAAUUGGACCAAUCUUUUCCAAUCAUGGCACCCCAGGAUCCGGCGCUCAACAAGACCACGAUAUCAUGCAACCGCUUCCUCAAUCUUCAGAAAGAUCAAGUUGGUAGAUCCGACCCCCCGCAAGCCUCCAGGCAAGGGCUACGCGCUAGAAACUCAAAGACUGGUGCCUGAGGAUAUCAUUGAGGAUGACCUCUUCGCGACUCUUAGGGCUCAUCGUGCCCGCAAUGCCUCUCGCCAGGCUGCUGAAAAUGACGCGAAGAGCGAGCAAUCGGUAACACACGCUGAGGUUGACACAUCUAUGGAGACACUGCCCCAGCAAGAGGAAGGUGAAAAGCAAAGACAGGAAAGCAAGGUUGAAAAGAGUCUCGAAUCUGAGAAUGAGUCACUGCAGGAAUACGAAGGAAGGGUGCAACCAUUACAUAAUCAAUGGAUUCAUAAGUCCGAAACGGACAUCCCGUUGAGAAUGCCAUGGUUGUCAUAUAUCGACUCCUUCGGCGAGACUGCACUUGAUAAAUUAUCUGCUGAAAUUUUAGCCUUCGAGCGAUACAUGACUUGUUCCCCGACCGAAACGGCAGCAUUCAGGGAGGUUAUCACUGCGACUAAGAACGUUCUACGCAAACAAUUGAAAAUUCGUCUUGUGGGAUCACGCUGGAGCGGUCUCGCGGACCCUGUCUCUGACUUGGACUUUGUACUUUCAAAUCCUAGAUCGAAAGAAUGGCUCGGACCAUCAGCUGCAAGCUCGCUUGCACACAAUUACAAGAGAUUGCCCUCUGCGGGUGGGGCAUCUGCGAACGGGGCAAGUGACGGACGUGGAGAAAAAGACGCGGAGCAUGGGAGACAAUCCUUAAAGGCAGUACAGGAAGCCUACGCCAUAUUGCAGCAACGAUCGGAUGUAUUCGAUGAAGUACGCUGCAUUGAAAAUAGCACUCUUGUUCAUGCUCGACAUAUGGCUUCGGGUCUUGGUGUGAAUCUGAAGGGUCCUAGCAAGACAAAUUAUCUGUUUCAACAUGAAAUCGUAAAGGGCUAUCUUGAAGAGUACAGCCAAUUGAAACCUCUUUACAUCACGCUGCGAAGCUGCCUGCAGCAUCGAAACCUCAUGAGUGCUCGGGGUGGCCUUGGUUCCUACCCCCUUUUGAUCAUGAUCCUUACCGCCUUUAAGCAUGCUGGAGAUGGACUUGCUGAUAAUGGAGUCGGUGACCGAUUACUGCACGUGCUUAAGUUCUGGGCGGAAGCUGACACUGACCAAUGGGGAUAUGCAGCAGAGCCAACGUUCAGAUUUCAAAAGGAGGAUCCCCAUGAUCUCCAAUUUCCACCAACCGUGGUAAGUACAUCUGAAAUCGAACCAAGCCAACUUGGUGUAGAACAUAUCAAGGUUCUUGAUCCUCACAGACCUUAUCUUUUGUGCCUCCAGGAUCCAGCCGACUAUUUCAAUGACUUGGGCAAGAAAGUGCAUCUAUUCAAACACAUCAAAGCGACAUUUCAACAUCUCUAUGACUCACUCUGCAGUAGACUCAACGACCCCGCGGAAUUUUCAACCGCGACUUGCUUCCUUGCGCCAAUUCUGGAGGCCAGUUACGUCCAUUUUGAACAACAACGGAACCGUAUUCUGCGAUUUGAGGAGCAGGAUCAGCCUCGUUGGACCAAAAGAGCCAUUAUGCUGCGUUUAAGUCCCAUCUUGAGUAUGACUAAUUUGCUGCGAGCACAAGAGGUGCGGUCCCAAGCAUUCGCAGCUCUGUCCAGUGAGAGAGGCAAGGAGGAUGACUUUGGCCAAUCUAAAGAAGCAAGAAAAGAACGCUUGAUGGAGCGAUAUCAAGGGUCACUGCGUCGCAAUCCACGAAUACUCGAAAACCGACUAGGUAUCGAGUCGAGUAAAGCUGAAGCACUUAGGCAGCAUACAAAAUGA